GAUAGGCAGGCAUCCUCAGGGAACAGCGGCAGCCAUGGUGGAGGGAGGCUGCGGUUUCCCUCUCUCAAUUUCCACCCCAAAAUUUCCCUUCAGACAUGCUGCUACAUUUCUCAAACACCCAGGCAACACCCACUAGCCCACUCAGAGAUGUGCAGGUGUUGACAAGACUCAGAAUGAACUAACACCUGCCGGGCACCUCACAUCUCACCAAGCAGUCCUGUCCUGGAGGUGCAGCAUGUGCAGCAGCUAAUUAAUGCAACAAACAGCUAUGUGGCAUGCAUUGCUGAGAGAGAGUAAAGACAACUUGAAGCAGCAGCAGCAGCAGCAGCAGCAGCAGGCCUAGUGAGGGAGGUGAAGCAAGCACUCGGCAGUGUGAGCCAGCCAGCACCAAGAUGGAUCAGAUGCCUCAGGAGAUCAUGCACUCGCUGUUUUCCUUCGAUCACAGCAUGGAGAACAGGGGCCACCUCUACCCCUACAACUACCACUAUGGGCAGUACCCUUACCACUACCCUUACCCCUACCCCCACCCCCAUCCUUCAUCGGCUCACACCAACAUUCCCUCCUCGUCUCACAGCAUCCCGUCGCCCUCAGCACACCACAUAGCGCAGGCGUCACAGAGCCUCAUGGCCUCCCAGAUCAACUUGUCGCCCUACAGCAGUGCAGUCCACAGCAUCCGUCCCACGGUGAGCACCAUGAGGGAGCAGAUGAUGGCGGAUGGAAGGCUGGCCCUGGGGGAGCACAGACACCCCCAACAGGCGGAGCUAGAGAGGCACCACAUUGAGGCACAGCACACCGCUGAGGACCUCCGCAGCGUGCCUGGUGACGCAAGGAAUGCUGGGGAUGGGAGAUACUACCCGCUGGACAUGCGGCCACUGUCCUCCGAGCAGCGCUACCCCGGCGACCUGAGGCCCUUGACCAGCCACUCACGCUCGGGUACAGAUUACCGACACAUUGCUGACUACUCCUCUCAACCAACAGACCUCCGCACCCAACCCCUAGAUGCCCGACUCCUGGAGGACAUGCGACAGUUGCCUGAGGAUGCCCGGGCACCAUUGGAUGAGGGGAGAGGGGCGGGCCAUGAUGGUGGCAGACACACUGACGACUUGCAGCACAAGGGAGAGGCACAGGUGAUGACCAGACCCACAGAGAACUACAAGUACCUGGGAGAGAUGAGGAGUUGUGCCAAUCACCGGGUGGGCAGCAUCCCGCAGCCGCUGGAGGAGCUGCAACUUCCCUCCGGCGACCCAAGGCCUCCGCUGAACGAAACAAGACCUGAAGCUGACAACAGGUCAUUCUUUAAUACCUCACAAGUUAGUACAAAUGAAAAUAGGCUUCCAGCUAAUUCACACGACCCACUGAAAUCAAUGAUGAAUCAACAUUACUAUGAUAAUAGCAGUAGUUUAGGACUAAGCAAACCCUUAGCCAUGGGUGAAGAUCUCUCUGCUAAAUCCUCCAGCCAGGACCCCAAGCAGCAGAUGUGUGAUGCAGGAAUGGUGUACACAAACAACACUCAUUCUGAAGCUGACCCAGGACAAGUUGGUGUGCCGGCACAAAGUACAGAUUUUGAGGGCAGCCUACAGUACCCCUCUGUCAAUACCUCAAGCACCCCCCUGGGCCUCAUCUCCCAAGGCCUUGGUGACCACCGUGGUUUUCAAGAGGCCGGAGACUGUGAGCAGCAGAAUGAGAAUGGCUCCUGCAUGAACAAGUGUAUUCAGCCUCCAAGAAACAAUGGAUAUGGAGGAAAGCUGGGUAAUGGAGGCAACAUUCCAGACACCAAUGGCAAUGUAGGGCCUCAGUUUGAUCUGGAAGAGGACUUUGACUCAGAAGCAUCAUCCUCAGAAUACUCUGAUUCUUACAUGGACUUCUCAGAGGUGACCAAUGGAACAUCAAGCAACAGUGGGGAGCCGCCCAAGCCGUUCCACUGCGAGGAGUGUGAUGCAACCUUCACCACAAAAGGCAACCUGAAGGUGCACCAGCGCAUCCACACCGGGGAGCGGCCGUAUGAGUGCGAGGAGUGCGGCAAGACAUUCUCCUACUGUGCGUCCUACCAGUCCCACAAGCUGACUCACAGCGGACUGAGGCCAUUCAAGUGUGAGUUCUGCCAGAGGGCGUUCUUCAGGAGUGAGCACCUGGAGCGACACAGGCGGCGCCACACAGGGGAGAGGCCGUUCAAGUGUACAGAAUGCAAUGCCACGUUUGCCGCCAGUGAUGGGCUCUCCCGACACACAAGGACUCACACGGGUGAAAGGCCCUACCACUGUGAGGACUGUGGGCUUUCCUUCGCUUAUAAGUCCACCUUCAUGAGGCACCAGCAGAUACACAUUGAGGGGGAACACAAGUGUGAAACCUGUGGCCUGGCCUUUCAAGACCCUCAGAGACUGGAGAAGCACAGGAAGAAACACACUGAUGCAAACACAGUGCUGAAUGUGGACACCAGCAAGCCGAGGCCGCAGCGAUGCAUUGAGGAUGGUGUUGAGGUGAUGCAGUGUGAGUUCUGCCAGAUGAAGUUCAAGAGGAAAUCUGCUUAUUACUUCCACCGCCGCAGCCACACUGGGGAGAAGCCAUUUGCCUGUGAUGUGUGUGGGGCGUCUUUUGUCAGAGGAUCUUACCUGGAGGAACACAUGCGCACCCACACUGGGGAGCGACCCUUCAACUGUGACUCCUGUGAAUCAGCAUUCAAGACUCGCACCGCCCUCAGGUUCCACCUCCGCACCCACAGUGGGGAGCGGCCCUUCAAGUGUGACCAGUGUGACUUUGCCUUCACCCAGAAGUCUGCCAUGAAGGCACACAUGCGCAUCCACACUGGUGACAAGCCCUUCAAGUGUGGUGAGUGCAAGGCUGCAUUCCGGCACAGCAAUAGCCUCACAGUUCACAAGCGGACCCACACUGGGGAACGUCCCUUCGUGUGUGAUGUGUGUGGGUCUGCCUUCACCCAGAAGUCUCAUCUCAACCUGCAUAAGAGAUCUCACUCUGGCAUCAAGCCUCACAUGUGCGACGAGUGCAACGCCUCAUUCACAAAGAAAGACUACCUCCUGGCGCACAAAACCAAGCAUGCGGCGGGGAGCACCGUCAAGAUAGAGGCCAUAGCUCAGGCUGCUGGGGACUCAGUGUACAAGUGCUCGGACUGCGACAUGGUGUUCACGCAUCCCUCCAGUCUGACAGUGCACAUGAGGAAGCACACCGGGGAGAGGCCCUUCGUGUGUGCUGAGUGUGGUGCCUCCUUCCUGUACAGUUCAAACCUCACCACCCACCGCAGGAAGCACACCGGAGAGCGCCCCUACAAAUGUGACCAGUGUGAGGCGGCCUUCAUUCUCAAGAGUUACCUAACCAUGCACCUCAGGAAACACUCUGGUGAGCGGCCCUUCAAGUGUGAUGAGUGCCAGGCCUGCUUCACCCAGAAGACUCACCUCUCCACACACAGGAGAAUACACACAGGGGAAUGUCCGUACAAAUGUGAGGAGUGUGGCGAAGCAUUCAGGGACGGGGCCAACUUCUGGAGACACAAGAAGAAACACUUGAUAGGGGAAGGAGCAGCAACUAUCAGGAGGAGGAGGAACAAGAAGGGGCGUGGAGGCAGAGGCAGGAGUGUUGGCAAGAGCAGCGGCAGGGGGAGAAGCCCGGGUGGUUUCCGAGGCAUCAGGACAGGACCUCCGCGCCGAGCAGCCCGUGUUCCUCGCCUGUCUGUUGAUUUUGAUGAAAUUUACGAGCAGCUUGUAUUGGCGUCAGAGGAAGAGCAACCAUUCAUUAAGGAAGAGCCAGGGGAUGCAUCCAAUAGCAAGGAUGAUGAGGGCGAGGAAGAGGAAGCUCCAUAUAUCCCAAUCAAUCCAAUGGUGGAGAUAAAGUUAGAAGGGGAAGAAGAUAACUCACAGUAUGAUCUUGAGGAUGGAGAUAUGAUAGAGGAAGAGGAGGAGGAAGAGGAGGAGGAGGAGCGGGGGCAGGAUAGGGAGGUGGAGGAGCCCAUCAUUAGAGACAAGGAGUGAAGAGGUUAAGCUUAAGUGAAAGUUGCAGCUUAGGAACCCUGAAAAUUCUCAGAUGCAAAUAACAUGAAAUACAAGGAGCAGGUCUCACACAAGUAGCAUUAAGUGGUGAAACAGGGCUAUCAUUGAGCAUAUUGUAGUUAAGGCUUUGUACAGUAUAGAGUGUGAGUGGCAAUAGUGUUGGGUAGAUGACGUGUACCAUUACUCUAUGCUGCUAGUAACUCAUAGAUCUCAUUUGUACUGUUGGUGAACCGUAUUACAUGUGUUACCUGAGAAAAGGGAGUAAUUAAAGGGAGUUAUUUUGUAAAGGUAGAUUUUAUUCUUGUGACAUGACAAAUGAGGAUGAGGUUAGCGAGGGCAUUGUUUGUACAGCUUAGGUAGUGUUGUUGUGCUGGUGUAGGUGGAAUAGAGGAGUGUAAGCUGUGGUGUACUUGUUUGUGAUAGUCUAGUAGUGUUAUAUACAAACAUUUAUAUAUACAUAUAUAUAUAUUUUGUUUUACCAAUGUACAUUUCUAAAAUUAUUUAGAUAAUGUAGCCUUUAUAUAUUUCAGAAUUUAUAUUGCGUAGAUUUUUAUACCACAUGAAUCAUAUUUUUUGGUGUUAAUUGCCUUGAAUUGUGAAUUGAUGACAAAGUUACUAGUCAGAGGAGGUAAUGCAGUCAGUGUAUGUUUGGUGGCAUUAACUAAGUUCCUUCUCUUGGGUUGGAUGUCACUCUUGGCCAAAAUUGUUACUCAGUUCUCAUCAGUCACCAUUUUAUUGAACAUUACAUUUUAUAUAAAAUAAAAAAAUGCAGUGCUUUCUUAUGUGUACAAGAAAACAAAUAAAACUUUAAAUGAUUUA